AUGGUGGAUCAUCUUUCCUUGCCCACGUUGAGGCACCCUAGUCCAUACCGCUGGCAAUGGCUCAGUGAGAGUGGCGAUAUCAAAGUCACCAAGCAAGUGGUGGUGCCUUUCCAGAUUGGGAAGUAUGAGGAUGAGGUGCAUGAAGACCAGCUGCGUUUGCAACAGGAGCAUGAACGAGAGGUGGCUAAAAAGUCACCCAAUUCUCAGGCAAUCGUUAGAGCACCGGUCGAGAGGACAUCAAACCCUGGUACAUUUGGUCGAUUGGACAAACGCCCUAACUUGCUUGCAAAGAACAGGAAAGUUCGCAAAUUACUUUUGUCCAAGCAAGUUGUCUGUGUAUUAUAUUGCAAAGAGGUGAUUUUACUUUCUCUUGCAGCACUCAAUGACUUACCUCCUGAAAUCCCCUCUUUAUUACAGGAAUUUGAUGACGUUUUUUCAGAUGAGAUUUCCAGUGGUCUACCACCAUUUCGAGGGAUCGAGCACCAGAUCGAUUUCGUGCCUGGAGCACCAUUGCCAAAUAGACCAACCUACAAAAUGGGUCCGGAAGAGAUUAAGGAGAUCCAGAGACAAGUGGACGAUCUCUUAGAGAAACGUUGGGCUCGAGAGAGCAUGAGCCCAUGUGCAGUUCCAGUCAUCCUCGUUCCAAAGAAAUAG